GCAGCAGCCGCAGCACUCAUAGCAGCAGCGGCGGCAACAGCAAACGGCAACGGCCAAGCGCACAUUCAACAGUUGAACAAUCUCCAAUUGACUCUUUGGGCAUUAUAGCCGAGCCGAUCCGAUCCGUUCAAAACCGAUCCCGAGAGCUCUACUCCACUCGCCUCAACGUUCAUCCGCGACGACAAGUUUUGCGUGUACCUUUUUCCGUGCAGCGCGCCACACUCCGUUCCCACAGCUCGCCCUGGCCCCAACGAAAAACCUGGACACUGCUCGACGCAUUGUACAGUAAAUAAUAAUACAUAGUUCUAUAGUGCGAAUCUGUUCGAUCUGACGUCGUCGUAGUCGUAAAACAAACACACAAAAAAUCCGCGCUUAAACUUUUUCGAACAAAAAAAAAAACACAAAUUUCAGUCAAGAAGAAGAAGAAGAAGAAGGAAAAAACGAAAAAUAUCUAUAUGUAUGAGGAGGCCCGUGCGCGUGUGUUUGUGUAUCUGUGUGCUGGUUCGCUCUUUGCUGGAAGAGAGUGUGUGUGCGAGUGAAUGUGUGUGCGUGUGAGUGAGCUGAAAUGAGACGCCAUCAAAGCUGAGCGCAAAAGCAAAAGCAACAAAAGCAAAUAAUAAAAUUCAAAAUAAAAAUAGUGAUUAAUAACAGUGAAGCGGAUAAGCAGAAGAGGAAGAAGAAGAAGAAGGAGAAAACGAAGAAGCAGGAACAAGCAGCAUGAAAUAAUUACAAAUUAAUUGUGCAACAGAAACAAACAACAACAAAAAAAAGAAAGAAAAACUCAAAGAGAGCCACCAACAUGAAACAUGUUUAAGCAUUUUGCGAGCAAAGAGAAAAUACGCAAAUGCCAUUUCCCACCUUCUCUUUACACACCAACAAUGGUAAAAAAAUGUUAACUUCUUUGUGAUCAAACGCCCCACACACUCCCCCCAAAACCCCCUCACACGGCGAGACUGGGGCCAAAAUGCAACAACGUCCACCCGCCCGCCAGCAGAAAGAGCAACAGCAACAGCAGCAGCAGCAACAACUACAAAAACAACAACAACAACAGCUCCACAUACCACAGCGAGUGGCAUAUUAGAAGCAAAAAAAAAAAAGUCAAGCCAACAAAAGAGGCCAGAGCUUGGGGACCCAGCAAGACGCAUACAACAACAGCAACAAAAAGUACACCAACAACACGAAAGUGGCGAAAGGUGCACCCACCAGCAGGCAACAGCAACAGCAAGCAGUCGUAACAUUUAAGCGGGCACACCGCAUUCGGUUUUGCCUUUCCACGCAGUGUUAGAGCCAACUCCAACUCCAAAUCCAACUCCAGCUCCAGCUUCAGUUCCAACUCCAUUUGCAGUUCCAUCUGAGUGCCAUAGAGAUCCUCACUAAGUGCCAAAAUCAACAGCCUAAUCCCUGAUCCCUGCGCUUACCUGCCAGAAGCCAGAAGCCAGAAACCAGAGCCACAGCUUAGGACGGACACAGCUGCUCAACAGGAGCUGAGCAAACAAGGAAGGAAGUUCCUUAGUGCCAUAGAAGCGACAACGAAGAACAACCUGAAGCGAAGCUCAACCGAACACCGAUCCAAAUCGAAUCGAAUUGAAUCGAAUCAAAUCAACAUUAGUGCCUUCAAUCAAUCCGUUGAUAAGUGAUAUUUAUUAUGUUUAUACCCGCAAGGAGCUACAGAAGCAGCUGCAACAGUGAGUGCCUUAACCAUCGGUCGGGAAUCGAUGAGCAGGCCAAGUCCUAGGCGCAGUCCUUCCUCAUCGCAGUCCUAAUCCACGAGUGCAAUCCGGAAUCCAGUUCAAAUUAGUGAAGUAAGCCAGGGAGCCUUAGCCAGGAGCGACAGCCAGCUCGAAUAAUGUCCACAUCCACCGCCACAACGAGUGUCAUCACGUCCAACGAGCUCUCGUUGUCCGCCCACGGGCACGCCCACGCACACACGCACUCCCACACGCACAGCCACGGCCACGGGCACUCGCUGCACCAGCACCCCCACAGUCGGAUCGGAGUGGGCGUCGGAGGAGUCGGCGUAGGAAUCGGUGUUGGCGUGGGAGUGGGAGUCCUCAGUGACGCCUCUCUAUCACCCAUCCAGCAAGGAGGAGGAGGCGGCGGCGGAGGCGCCAACAGUUCCCCCCUGGCGCCCAACGGAGUACCCCUGCUGACCACCAUGCACCGCUCCCCGGACAGUCCCCAGCCGGAGCUGGCGACCAUGACGAACGUCAAUGUCCUCGACCUGCACACAGACUCCUCGAAGCUCUACGACAAGGAGGCGGUCUUCAUCUACGAAACGCCCAAGGUGGUGAUGCCCGCCGACGGUGCCGCGGACGAUGCCCAUGCCAUCGAUGCGCGGAUCGCGGCCCAGCUGGGCACACAGCACGCCCAGCAGCAACAACAACAACAGCAGCAGCAGCAACAGCAGCAGCAACAGCAGCAGCAGCAACAGACGGAGCACCAGCCGCUGGCCAAGAUCGAGUUCGAUGAGAAUCAAAUCAUCCGCGUGGUGGGACCGAACGGCGAGCAGCAGCAGAUCAUCUCGCGAGAGAUCAUCAACGGGGAGCACCACAUCCUGUCGCGAAACGAGGCCGGGGAGCACAUCCUCACGCGCAUUGUCAGCGAUCCCUCCAAGCUGAUGCCCAACGACAAUGCGGUGGCCACCGCCAUGUACAACCAGGCGCAGAAGAUGAACAACGACCACCAGGCGGUCUAUCAGACCUCGCCCCUGCCACUGGACGCCUCCGUGCUGCACUACAGCAACGACAACAGCAACGUGAUCAAAACGGAGGCGGACCUCUACGAGGACCACAAGAAGCAUGCGGCCGGCGGGGGCUCCAUCAUUUACACCACCUCUGACCCGAAUGGCGUCAAUGUGAACGUGAAACAGCUGCCCCACCUGGCCGUGCCGCAGAAGCUCGACCCGGACCUCUACCAGACGGACAAGCACAUCGAUCUGAUCUACAACGACGGCAGCAAGACCGUCAUUUACUCCACCACCGACCAGAAGGGUCUCGAGAUCUAUUCGGGCGGCGACAUUGGCAGCCUCGUCUCCGACGGCCAAGUUGUGGUCCAGGCAGGCCUCCCCUAUGCCACCACCACCAGUGCCACAGGCCAGCCCGUCUACAUCGUUGCCGAUGUCACCGACGACCAUCUACAAAGUGGAAAGCUCAAUGGCCAGACCACACCCAUCGAUGUCUCGGGCCUAUCGCAGAAUGAGAUCCAAGGCUUUCUGCUCGGCUCCCACCCCUCAUCAUCGGCCUCGGCCGUCAGCACCACCGGCGUUGUCUCCACCACCACCAUCUCGCAGCACCACCAGCACCAACAGCAGCAGCAGCAGCAGCAGCAGCAACAGCAACAGCAGCAGCAUCCCGGCGACAUUGUGAGUGCCGCAGGCGUGGGGAGUGCAGGCUCCAUUGUCUCCACGGCGGUGCAACAGCAACAACAGCAGCAGCAGCAGCUGAUCACCAUCAAAAGGGAGCCGGAGGAUCUGCGCAAGGAUCCGAAGAACGGUAACAUUGCCGGAGCGGGGGCAGCGAACGGCGGAGCGGGUUCGGUCAUAACGCAAAAGAUCUUGCACGUGGAUGCGUCGCCACCAGCCGACGAAGCUGAGAUUAGCGAGAUUAGCCACAGACACAGACCCAGCACACCCUGCACCACCAGAACCACCAGAACCAACAGAACCAACAGCUGCAGCAGUAGUAGUCCUGCCACCGAACUAGAGAUGUAUGCUACCACGGGCGGCACACAGAUUUACCUACAGACCUCACAUCCCAGCACGGCCAGCGGCGCGGGAGGAGGAGUCGGCGGCGGCAGCAGCGGCGGCGUUGGGGGUGGAUCUGGAGGGGCCGGCGCCCUGCAGGCACAGAGCCCCAGUCCGGGGCCAUACAUAACCGCCAACGAAUAUGGGAUGUACACGGCCAGUCGACUGCCGCCCGGCCCCCCGCCCACCACCGCAACAACCUUCAUAACGGAGCCCUACUACCGGGAGUACUUCGCGCCGGACGGACAGGGCGGCUACGUGCCCGCCUCCACGCGCACUCUCUACGGCGAUGUGGACGUUUCGGUGUCGCAGCCAGGCGGAGUGGUCACCUACGAGGGUCGCUUCACAGGCAACGCCCCCCCGCCCACCACCACCACACUGCUCACGAGCAGCGUCAGCGUGCACCACCAGCAGCAACAGCAGCAGCAACAGCAACAACAGCAACAGCCCCAACACCAGCAGCACCUCCACCAACAGCAGCAGCAGCAACAGCAACAGCCACAGCAGCAGCAACACCACCACCCGCAGGACGGCAAGGGCAGCGGCACGCCACUCUAUGCCAAGGCCAUCACGGCGGCGGGACUCACCGUCGAUCUGCCCAGUCCCGACUCGGGCAUCGGCACGGAUGCCAUCACGCCGCGGGAUCAGACCAACAUACAGCAGUCCUUCGAUUACACGGAACUGUGCCAGCCGGGCACCCUCAUCGAUGCCAAUGGCAGCAUACCCGUGUCCGUGAACAGCAUCCAGCAGCGGACAGUGGUCCAUGGCAGCCAGAACAGUCCCACCACCUCCCUGGUGGACACGAGCACAAACGGUUCGACGCGUUCGCGGCCCUGGCAUGACUUUGGCCGCCAGAACGAUGCCGAUAAAAUACAAAUACCAAAAAUAUUCACAAAUGUUGGCUUCCGCUAUCACCUGGAGAGCCCCAUCAGCUCGUCACAGAGGCGCGAGGACGAUCGCAUCACCUACAUCAACAAGGGCCAGUUCUAUGGGAUCACGCUGGAGUAUGUGCACGAUGCGGAUAAGCCCAUUAAGAAUACGACGGUUAAGAGUGUGAUCAUGCUCAUGUUCCGCGAGGAGAAGAGCCCCGAAGAUGAGAUCAAGGCCUGGCAAUUCUGGCACAGUCGCCAGCAUUCCGUAAAGCAAAGAAUCUUGGAUGCAGAUACGAAGAACUCGGUUGGCCUGGUUGGCUGCAUCGAGGAAGUGUCGCACAAUGCCAUCGCCGUUUACUGGAAUCCGCUGGAGAGCUCCGCCAAGAUCAACAUUGCGGUGCAGUGCCUGAGCACGGAUUUCAGCAGUCAAAAAGGAGUCAAGGGCCUGCCGCUGCACGUACAAAUCGACACAUUCGAGGACCCCAGAGAUGCGGCCGUCUUCCACCGUGGCUACUGUCAGAUAAAGGUCUUCUGCGAUAAGGGCGCCGAGCGCAAGACGCGCGAUGAGGAGCGACGGGCCGCCAAGCGAAAGAUGACGGCCACCGGCAGAAAGAAGCUGGAUGAGCUCUACCAUCCGGUGACAGAUCGGUCCGAGUUCUAUGGCAUGCAGGACUUUGCCAAGCCGCCGGUGCUCUUCUCGCCCGCCGAGGACAUGGAGAAGGUAGGUCAGCCGGGCCUGACUGGCUUGACAUUCAUCCACACGAAUACGAAUACGCACACGAAUACGAAUACGAACUCGAACUCGAACUGCAACUCCAACUCGAAUUCGCCCUUGCAGAGCUUCUACGGCCAUGAGACUGACUCGCCGGACCUGAAGGGGGCCUCGCCGUUCCUGCUCCACGGCCAGAAGGUGGCCACGCCGACGCUCAAGUUCCACAAUCACUUUCCGCCCGACAUGCAGACCGAUAAAAAGGAUCACAUACUGGAUCAGAAUAUUAUGACCAGCACACCCAUGACCGACUUCGGUCCGCCCAUGAAGCGGGGACGCAUGACGCCGCCAACCUCGGAGCGUGUGAUGCUGUACGUGCGGCAGGAGAACGAGGAGGUCUACACACCGCUGCAUGUGGUUCCCCCCACCACAAUUGGCCUGCUGAAUGCGAUUGAAAACAAAUACAAAAUCUCAACAACGAGCAUAAAUAACAUUUAUCGCACAAACAAGAAGGGGAUUACUGCGAAAAUUGACGAUGAUAUGAUAUCGUUCUACUGCAAUGAGGACAUCUUCUUGCUGGAGGUGCAGCAGAUCGAGGACGAUCUGUACGAUGUGACGCUGACGGAGCUGCCCAAUCAGUAGCAGAAGAGCACAACAGCAGCGAAUCGUCCUCGAGACGACAUCCAGACACUCACAACACACACAAAAAUAUGGACACAAUUUUUGCCAAACAACAGACAAGUUGUUUCAAUAAGCCAUUUUCCAUAGAGCCUAAGCCUAAAUCGUAGUAGUUGUAAUGGAGCCAGAGCCAGAGCCAAUCCAAGUUGCUACAAAAAUGGAUGGAAUGGAUGGACACAUAUACAGAAAAGCUAACACAAUACAAUACAAUAUACAUACAUACACAUAACCAUAUGCUUAAAAUUCGAUUUAGAUUUAGCAACAAUGAGAUUACUGAAAAUUUUUUGAUCAAAUUUGAAAUUCUCGCUAUGUUUAUAGAUAUUGUAAUAUUUGUCUAAGCCCUAAUCAUAAUCGUAAUAUACAUAUAUUGAUAUAUCGAGUCUAUAUAGAUAUACAUAUACUCGUACUCGUACUCGUAUGUUUGUAUGUAUGGAGUGCAAAAGCUGUCUGUCCAGUAAGAAAUAAGUUUCGCUUCCGCUCCCCUGCUUAUGCUUCGACCUUAGGUCCAGGGCAAGCAAGAGUUACAGAAUCUAUCAUUUAGAACCCCUUUAAUUCUACCCUAGAGAUACAUAUGUAAGCGUUUACUUGUUGAAUAUAAAUUGUACAAUUAUUUUUGGAUAAAAACCCACACAAAAACAAAACAAAAAAAAAAAAAACAAAAACACAAAUCGUUUGUUCUAUAUUUCUAUUUACAAAUCUCGUAACUCGUUACCGUCCCUCAAUCCACCCUACACACACACUCUGUUAUGUUAUGUAUGAUUAGGAGAUCUCUAAAAGAAACAAAAAACAACGGAAAUUUAAAGCAAAAAUUACUUUGACAUUGUCCAAAAGAAAUGAAAUAAUAGCUAUCCUUAACUUUAGAGAUACGCAUAGAGAUAAGUACACUCUGCAAUAAAACAUGUUGAUAAAAAAAAUCGUAAUUAAGUCCCAGAUAAGGCAAAACAAUAUCGAAACAAAACCACAAAAAAAAACAACAACAACAAAAAAAGUUGAAGCAAAUUUGUGUGCAUUUGUUGUAAAACAAACAAAAAUAUCUAAAAAAGGAAAAGAACAAUCAACACGAGAAAGUUGAUUCAAAACUAAAGAAUGAUGAAAGCAAGAUCCGAUUGUAGCACCAUGCAAUAACAGACAUUCGAUUAUAUAGUAUAUAAAUAAAAAGGAAGAUACACAGAUACAGUACAGAUAUCCAUAUACAGAUACAGAUACAUAUAUGUAUGUAUGUAUGUAUGUAUUUAUGUAGGAAUAGCAUAUCGCAUAGCAGGAAUGCGUUUACAAUCUUUGUUUGCCAUAAUUAACAGUUUAAUUUAAUUAACGAAAUGUUUUGUGUACAAUGUCUAGGCGCGAUCUGGGUAGAUGGUGAGAGAGAGAGAGAGAGAGAUCGAUACCUGCCUGGCGCCACGAAUACUCCGCAUCGAUUGCUACCACUCUGAACAGUAUGCGUUCAAUGCUCAAUAUUAUUAUUAUUUGUUUAUUAAUUGUAAUCCCCCCGCCCCACUCCCCUUCCACUUCCAUUGCCACUGCUAUUGUACUCUACUCUACUCCCUCCCCUCCCUCUCUACCCCACUAACACUUCCAUCUUUCUACUUCUUUGACUUUGACUGUUAUUUGGGAGGGGAAACGAAUCCGAAACCGAAUCCCCGCCUUUUUCCCUUACGACAGUUUAGGUGUUGUACAUCACAAUUUGUUUUUAGUUGUAGCACUUAAUUCUAAACGUACUUUAUUCAAGAUUAUACAAUAUUAUAUGAUACGAGAUCAGAUGAAAUGAUAUGAUGUGAAGAACAAUCGAAAAUCUUGCCGGAAUGUUAUAAAUCUUUAUGUUUAGUUUAUUGUAAACCCUAAGUUCUAUGCUCUUUCUAUAUAUUGUAUACAAAAAACACAUACACAUAUAUUUAAAAGCCAAUAAUUUAUUUUUUGUUACUGUUGGAAACGAUUCCGCGAAAAAUAGAAAAGCAAAAAACAACAAAAAAAGUGAAAAUCAAACUGAAACAGAAACUGAGAACAAGUGGCACUCCAUGAAUCGUGUGAGAAGCAAAUGUCCAACUUGUGAGAUGACAAACGAAAUGAAAUAAAACAAAUUGUACAAUAUAAUUAUAAUGAAUACACAAAAUUUAAAUAAAGA